CAGUGUAUACACAAGUCUGUUAUGAACUAUAUGCAGGGCAGCAGCUCUACAUGAUGCGCAGAAUUACUUAUAAUUUUGUAAAUUACUCGUUUAGAUGCUGACUAGUUUAGAUAGUAAUACCAUUCAAACCGUAAUUAUACAGCAUGGAAUAAGCCACCAAACAGAUGCUAACUUCCUCGCUGGCUUACGGGAGGUUUAGUUUGCUUGCUAACAUGCUAAGGAACAGAAUAGUUGGCCAACGACUUCAGUUCUGGAAGAUUUUCUCAACGUGUCGAGUGCAUAGAUUAGUUUAAACUGGCUUGCUAGAUUGUUAGUAAAAUAGCUGGCAGGCUAUCCAAGAACCUGAGAAACGCUGGCCAGCAAGACGUAUCUGACGAUGUGGCUAAUUUGCAGAUGAUAUCGCUAGUUUUAUAGCGAAGUUACAGCGCUUGUUAAAAUCAUGACUAUGGACCUGACGUUCCUAGGUACGGGUUCAGCAUACCCGUCUCCGCACCGUGGAGCCUCAGCUCUCGUUCUCCGGACCGAGGGAGACUGCUGGCUCUUCGACUGCGGAGAAGGGACGCAAACGCAGCUGAUGAAAAGUCAGCUUAAAGCCAGUCGGAUCACCAAGGUGUUCAUCACUCACUUGCAUGGCGACCACCUCUUUGGACUUCCGGGGUUGCUGUGCACCGUCAGUCUCAACCUCAGCCCCUCGCAGCCUCCCGCGUGCGUGGACAUCUACGGCCCCCGGGGCCUGAGGCACUUCCUGCGCGUGGCCCUGAGUGUGUCGGGCUCCCAGCUGCUCUUCCCCUACGCCGUGCACGAGCUGGAGCCCACCGCGGACCAGUGCCCGCCCGAGAGCCAGCCGGCCGCCGCGCCGGACUGCUCCGUCGGCGGGAGCCUGCACCCGCAGGAGCGCCCCGGCCGGAGCAUCCCGCUGGACGCCGCCCGCGACCGCUACGCCCUCCUGGAGGACGAGCGCUUCGUCGUGGAGGCUUUUCGCCUGUUCCACCGCCUGCCGUCGUUCGGGUUCGCUGUGCAGGAGCGGGACCGGCCCGGGCGGCUGAACACGCAGCUGCUGCGGGAUCUGGGGGUGAAGCCCGGGCCAGUCUACGGUCGGCUGAAGGGGGGCGAGGCGGUGACGCUGGAGAGCGGGCGCGUGCUGACCCCGGAGGAGGUGCUGGAGGAGGCCGUCCCGGGCCGGAAGGUGUGCGUGCUGGGCGACUGCAGCGCGCUGGUGGGGGAGGGGCCGCUGCGGGCCUGCCAGGGCGCGGACGUGCUGGUGCACGAGGCCACGCUGGCGGACGGGCACAGGGAGCGGGCGGUGGAGCACGGGCACAGCACGCCCGGCAUGGCCGCCGCCGUGGCGAGGGCCUGCCAGGCGCGCAAGCUGGUGCUCUACCACUUCAGCCAGCGGUACAGACCGCUCAGCCUGCGCGUGGAGGGCGACGACGACGACGACGUGGUGGAACUGAGGAGGCAGGCCGAGGAGGCGCUGCGGGACGCGGGCACGGAGGUGGUCUUGGCGGACGACUUCCUCACCAUACCCAUCCCCAUCAAGAGGCUCCGCUGAGGGCAGGCGGUCCUGGGCUUCUGAGAACUUGUGUCUUAAUGGAUUCCGGUGCAUUCUCUUAAUUAAAAUAAAAUGUUAUGUCUAUGA